AUGGGGAAACUCAGCCGGCUGGCUGGCAGUGUGCCAGUGCAGGGAGUCGCCGCCCAGCCGGUCUGCCGCCGCGCCGCGCCGCGCCGGUGUGACUCGACCCCGUCUGGCCGCUCGGUACUGCGCCGUCACCCUACAAUCGGCCACCGCGACAGGAGGAGGCCGCGGCUUAGCCGCAGCUCGGCAGCCACGGCGCACCAGCCGGCCCGGCGCGGCGGGGGCCGCGGCCUGCUGGCUCACGGGGCGGCGGCGGGCGGCGAGGGCGGCGGCGGCGGCGGCGACGGCUCCGGGGAGCUGGCCGCCUCCUCGGUGCUCAUCCGACAGUGGGCCGAGAAGCUGAUCGGUGAAAAGUUCGAGACGCUCUCUCAGCUCAGCAGCUACCUGGUCAAGAAGAACUACGUGAGCGGUCCGACGCCACUGGGCAUGGCCGCCGCGGCAGCCAACGUGAUCAAAGACUUGCCGUCAGGCUGUUUGCCGCCUGUAAAUAGGCAUAGGGAGACACAGCUCCAGCUUCAAAGAAAACUGCAGGAGAAGGAACUUUUUCGAGAACAGAAGAAGAAAAUACAGGACGCCGACGGCAAGGGUGAUAAGGUGGGCGCGCGCGGGCGGAAGCGCAAGAAGGGCCUGGGUGACGACAAGCCGGACGGCACGGAGGACCUUUCGAUGGACUCUGCCGGCUACAGCGAGCCGCCCGGCUACGGCGACCACUACGGCGGCGGCUGGCUGGAGCCGCGGCCGCCCGCCGACGCGUUCGGCGGCGGCGGCGGUGGCGGCGCGCCGGCCGGACCGCCGCCCAACGCCAUGGACCAGGAGCGGCCCGAGUACGCGCCGCUCUCCGAGGCCGCCUGCGUCAACAUGUCGGCCAUGAGCGGCGGCGGCCCGGUGCAGAGCUCGGCGGCCAGCGGCCACUCGCACUGCGCCGUCAUCACCAGCGCUGCGCACGAGCCGGGCGCGCACACCACCUUCGUGCAGCCGGCCGGGCCGCGGCACAACGGCUACCAGCCGCCGCCGCCGCCGCCCCCGCCGCCGCCGCCGCCACUGCCGCCGCCACCACCGCCGCCGCCGCCCCACUCCAAGUUCAAGCUGAAGUACGAGUCGGGCGAGUACGACGCGCGCUCGUCGUGCUCGGGAGGCGCCGAGCCGCCGCACCACCGCGAGUACGGCGACGCCAUGGCCGCGCAGGAUAACGAGGAGGAGCUGAUGCAGUACUUCAACAACAAGGACCACCACCACCAGGAGGAGGAGCUGUCGCAGCUGCGCAUGCUGCUCGAGCAGAAUCUGCCCGGCAGCAAGGAGACUCAGAAGGUGGAGAAGCCGGCCGGACCGUUCCCGGGCGCGCAGGGCCAAAACGGCGCCGCCAACUCCGUGGCCAUGCGGCGGCGGGUCAGCUUCCAGCCGAGUCUGUCGGCGCCGGACGGCCUGGCCGGACCGCCGGCCGGCAUGGUGCCGCCCAGUCCCAACACGCGGCGGCGCUUUUUCAACUUCCAGCCGAUCGGGCACGACCCGCCGCCGCCGCCGCCGCCGCCCGGCCUCGGCAUCGCCGAGUCGCCGUUCGUGUCUCCGCACAGCACGCCGAUCCCGCUGUCGCGGUCCCGGCACAACUCGGGCCAGCUGCCGGCGCCGUACCUGGUGCGCGGCCCCGGCACCGGCACCAUCACGCCCUUCUCGGCCAUCUCGGAGCUCUCGCGGUGCGCCACCAUCGGCUCGGAGAACUCCACGCCGUUCCUGUCGCCGCAGUCCACCCCGGUGCCGUUCGCCCGGUCGCGGCACAACUCGAGCCAGCAGACGUGCCGGUUCCCGCAGUCGCGCUCGCGGCACUCGUCGGGCGCCACGCCCAUGUCGGCGGUCGGCUGCCGCCAGCCGCAGCCACUCUACGCGCCCAUGAACCCCAACCCGUACUCGCCCAUGUCGACGCUGGCGCCCAGCUCGCCGCACAUGUCCGUCGACGAGUCGGGCAUCCAGACGUCCAACUUCCCGACGCCGGACGGCACGCCCUCGGUCCGCUCGCGCCACUCGUCCUCUGGCUCGGGCAUCUCGCCCAUCUCGGCGCCCGUGUCGCCGACCAGCGCGGCGCUGGUGGACAGCCGCGCCGGCUACAGCGACCUGCGCCGGCGGCACCAGUCGGCCGGCGCCACCGUCCACUACCGGCCGCCGCCGCGGCCCGCCGACACGCGCUUCGACCAGCUCGGCUUCGAGAUGUCCGGUCUGACCGAGGGUAUGGACACGGGCGGCGGCGGCGGCCAGCUGGGCCUGCAGCGGUCGCAGAGCGUGCCGCCCACCUCGAUGGCGGUGGGCGGCGCACCCGGCGCCGACGGCGGCUACGUGUUCCGCGCGCCGCCGGCCGCCAUCGCCGGCGCCCACUCGGGCCACGGCCUGGUGGCGCCGCUGGCGCUCGAGUACGGCGGCGCCAUGGACGGUGGCUUCAGCGCGCCGCCCGCCUCCUGUCCGCCGCCGCCGGCCUCCUGCUCGUCCAACAUGACGCUGGCCGAGCUCAACACGUCGCUGCAGCGGCCGACGGUGUCGUGCGCCGCCGGCCGCGACCCGAUGGCCGGCGGCGGCGGCGUGCAGGAGCCGCCGCCGCCCAGCGUGGACGCCGACCUCGGCGAGACGCUGCAGGCGCUCAGCGAGUGCGACGACUUCUCGCGGCUGAUGAUGGAGGUGCCGGAGAACGAGUAGGCGGCGCGGUGACGUACCUCAGGCGGGCGCAGUCACACACCCACACAGACACACAGACAGACAGACUGACUGGGGGGAGUCCGAGCGGGCCGGCGGGGAGGGGUGCGGGACCGACACACACAUAUUCUACACACAGUCUGAUACGGCUGAGCUGUCCGCUGCUCCAUAUGCUCGGCUUUGCCUCAAGCGCAUGACUCUUUAAUAUCGUCCACGUCUCGUUUAUCUUUAUACCCAGAUACAUAGUUGGGUAUUUUCCGCUUUUAAUCAGACAUUUGAUACACGUCACAUCAUCCGAGUUCGGACACUGUUUCCAUCGCGCCGCGCCAUGUGAUGUCCGUCGGAGGGGUGCGUCCCGCCGGCAGUCUCUGGGUCGGGCGCCGGCCUGCCGCGGGCAGACGGACGGACGGGGUGGCUCGACCCCGACCCCGGGGCGCGGAGCUCGUACACCGUGUGUGCGCGGCCGCCCGGCGGGGCUCUGCCGUCCCCCGGCUCCAGUCGCUACGUCUCGCUCGGCUAGAGGCUAGUUUUUACCGUUUAAGCUGGGACUGACUGAGAGCGAAGGCUUGCUGAUGUUGUGCGCCGUGAGGUGUCGCUUUUGUCGUGGUUUCGUCGUGUGUGAUUUGCUAUGGUGCUGAACGAUUUACGCGUAAAAACUGCCCGCGGGUGGCAUCAUGUCAGAGAAAUAGAUAUAUUUUACCGAGGCGGGUGCGUAGCUAGAUGUGAACGGCAGUGAGAGGAAAAGUACCUGAAAACUUCAAUAUAUCUCUGAGAUUGGCGCGCGCGCGCGCGCGCGCGCGCGCUGGGCUGACGGGGUAGAGCGGCCGGAGAAUGGAGAGAGGAGCGGCGAUCAGUACAAACUCGUGUCGGCGCUGGGUGCAAUGGGCGGCGGGCGGCCGUCCGUCCCGGCCGCGCUGCGCCGUGAUCGGGACGGCCGGCCGGGCGGUGGCGCGGCCGCCGCCCCGGUCCGCUCGUCGAUGUUGAUUGUGCGCCACCUCUGGCCGUGAUGGGUUGGCGGCUGACCGGCGCUCGUUGUUUGUGUUGGUGUGGGCGGCGGGCGGCCCGCUGCCCGGCCCUGUCCAGCCUCCGUGUGCUUGGUCCGGCCGACGGUAUGCUCGGUUAUUUUUGCCAGUCCCCGGCUUUUGGGCGUUGCGUUGCGGCCGUCUCGGUGGCUCGUGUCUGUGUUACCUGCCGGUGAUUUGUCGUGAUGUCCGCGGGUGCGCUCCCGGCGCUGCCGCCGGGCGCCCCUGCAGUAGCGUAGCAUUCGCUUUAAGGUGAUUUAGACUUACAGUGGCUGGCGGGCGGCGCCGGGCCGCUGGCCGCCGCGGCAGUGACCCGCUAAUCAAACGGUGCCGAGCGGCCGCUGGCUCUCGCACGGGGCAUUGUGGGCGCGCCGUGCCGCGCGGCUCCGGGCCGUGGCCGCGGAUACAAAUUCUAUAUUUUAUGUUUACGAUCGGUAGAGGUGGGUGGGUGCCCGGCCGCCGCCAGCUGCCAGCCACAGUUCAAACGGACGCCGUCUGUAGUUCUGGGUGUAGCGGCGGCCGAUCUAUGGUGCUGUGUGCGGCGGCGCGGGACCGGCAGCCGCGCCGACAGUUGUUGAUCAUGCCUAUCGAAGAGGGUCGCUACCUGCGCACGAUUGAGACGAACUUCUGCCAAAUGCAGGCUCUUUUGCGUUGUUUGUUCGUUUUAAAAUGCCAACAAUACACAAUAAAGCAAGCCUAAUCA